ACACGUCAUGCAAACAGCAGUUUAAGUGUCUGAGCAUGCGCAUAUCUAACUCCUUCAAUAUCAGCGAUUUGAGGAACACCACAGGACGAUGAUGAAGACGCUGCCUGUGUUUUUUGUCCUUGCUCUGUUGAGCCUGGGCUCAGGAGAAGAGGGAGCUCGUCUGCUGGCCUCUAAAUCCUUGCUGAACCGCUAUGCUGUGGAGGGCCGAGACCUCACCCUGCAGUACAACAUCUACAAUGUGGGCUCCAGUGCUGCCCUGGAGGUGGAGUUGUCAGACGAUUCUUUCCCCCCUGAAGACUUUGGAAUCGUCUCCGGAAUGUUGAAUGUCAAAUGGGACAGGAUCGCACCAGCCAGCAACGUCUCUCACACAGUGGUGCUGCGCCCCCUGAAGGCCGGCUACUUUAACUUCACCUCUGCCACUGUGAGCUACCUGGCUCAGGAGGGAGGGCAAGUCGUGGUUGGCUUCACCAGCGCCCCCGGUCAGGGAGGCAUCCUGGCUCAGAGAGAGUUCGACCGCCGCUUCUCCCCUCACUACCUGGACUGGGCUGCGUUCGGCGUGAUGACACUGCCCUCCAUCGGCAUCCCUCUGCUCCUCUGGUACUCCAGCAAGAGGAAGUACGACUCACCGAAGGCAAAGAAGAACUGAGAAGGCAUCACUUGUUUUAAGGCUGGGGGUGGGGGGUGGGAGUAGGGUGGGGGAGGGGAUGGAAGUCAAAGGCUUUAGUGGAAACAGGAUCUCUGAAUAGCUUAAUGACCCAUAUUGGGGUUGAAAGUUAGAAAAAAAAGAACAGUGACCAAGGAACAUGAUUGUGAUUUGAUCAUACAAACAUCAUUUUCAAGAGAACUCUGCAUGAGGAAGUAGAACGGCAGCAAAAGGAAACAAACCGGUCCAGUGUGGUCCACAAAGCGUGAGCAUGUACAUGAGCGCUCUCUGCUCUCUCGUACAGCUGCGAGCCAUUUCUUCAGAUUUGCAAAUGUGUUCAUGUGACAGAAGAAUUACAAUGUCUGUUGCUGCUGUGACAGGUUUAUGGAAUAUUGUAAUGGGGAACGUAUUGAACUGAAUCCAGAUUUGAAGAGUACAGCCAUUUGUUAACAUCAAGGUAAAUUAAUAAAAAUAAGUUUGUUUUUUUUCUAAAA